AUGACAUACAAGGAACGACGAGUCCAGUGGACUUCCGGCAUCGUCCGCAGUUCCCCCACCGCCACAUUCACCCUCGACCUCUCUCUGAGAUCUAGACGCAUCUUCACCGCCAACCCGGCCAACAUGCAACACAUCCUCAAGACCAAUUUCCCCAACUACCAGAAGGGCUUCGAUUUUCACACCACUCUGUUCGACUUCCUUGGCGACGGGAUUUUCAACGCCGACGGAGACACCUGGAGCUGGAAGUCCCAAUGCCAGCUCUCCAGUCACGAGUUCAACACCAAAUCCCUGCACAAGUUUGUAAAGAUCGUUGCCGUCAUCGAGCUCUCCACCCGCCUAAUCCCCACCCUCUACACCGCGGCCACCAACAAAGCCACGCUCGAUUUGCAAGACGUCCUUCAGAGGUUCGCCUUCGACAACAUCUGCAAGAUCGCUUUUAGUUACGACCCGACUAACUUGGCUCCGACCCUUCCCGAGGCACGAUUCGUCGACGUCGACGCGUUCGAGAACGCGGUGAGGAUUAUCAGCGGGCGAUUCAAUUUGGGGGUUCGACAAAUUCGGAAGAUCAAAAGAUUUCUAGGGAUCAGAUUUGAGGCGGAGCUGAAGGAAGUGGUCUCCGAAGUCGGGUCUUUCGCGAUGAAGAUCAUCCGAGGGAAGAAGGCAGAGCUGAAACAGAACGAAUCCGACGAUUCGAUCGAUAUACUCUCUCGAUUCUUGAACUCUUGCUGGAAAGGACACCACCCAGCCGCUCAAUCAGACUCCGACGAGUUUCACUCAGUACUACAGGGCGUUGCUUCAUUCUAG